GGAUGUGAGAAGAGGAGGCUUGCGGUUUCUGUAGCAUGCGGCUUUGUUAGAUUUGGUGUAUUUUGGACACCGGCUUUAUAUGCAAUGUAUUUGUGCUACAUGGAAUUCGUUUUUCCCAUUUGUGUUUUCUACCGGAUACAUUCUUAUAGCUUGGAAUCGAGUGUUUUCCUGUGCGGCUCCGUGCAUUGGUAAACUAGCGGUUGCAUCAGUCGACUGUCAAUCAAGUCUCGGCUCUCUGCACCUGGUAUUAAUUUAAAUUUGCCGGUGAAUUUUUGUGGACAUUGAGUUUUGGAGCAAUCCUUUUCGUUCAGCCUUUGGUAUUUCAAUAACCGAGAGUUUAUUGUGCAGCCUUAUUGACAAGGUAAGAUUGUAACCGUAACUCAGGCUACUGUACCCCUAGUUAUAUUAACAGCGGACUGUAUCCCCGGAAAAUUUCAACAUUGUAUCUUGACGGCGCAAGGAGGAACUAGCCUACAAGUACACUGCUCUCUCGAUUACUGUAUCAGUGAUUGCCAAAGCGUUGUUUGACAGCUGUGUUUGGGAACGAGUUGGACUAUAGGGCUUGCCUGGAGGAGCCAUCUGCUAUUGUUUUCUCCUGUGGAUAGAUCAAAACAUUAACAGAUCGAACAUGUCGCUCAGCAGAAGUAUUGAAUGGGAACACUUUGAGGAACGGGACAAAACGCACCGUUCAUCACGGGCUAACGGCUCGGGAUCCCAGUCAGGCUCCAGAGGCAACGGUCUCGUUCCCAGCCCGGCGCACAGCGCGCACUGUAGCUUUUACCGAACGCGCACGCUCCAGUCGCUCACCUCCGAGAAAAAAGCCAAAAAAGUGCGGUUCUACCGAAAUGGGGAUAAAUACUUCAAGGGUUUGGUGUAUGCCGUGUCCAACGACCGUUUUAGGUCCUUAGACGCCCUGCUUAUGGAGCUUACCCGGUCUCUCUCGGACAACGUCAACCUGCCUCAAGGUGUCCGGAGCAUCUACACCGUGGACGGCAGCAAGAAGAUUAGCAGCCUGGACGAGUUAGUGCAGGGUGAGAGCUACGUGUGUGCCUCCAACGAGCCCUACCGCCGAGUGGACUACACCAAGAACGUUAACCCUAACUGGUCAGUGGGCAUCAAGGCCGGCCAGUCCCGCUCCCUGUCCUCCCUCAGCACCCUGGUAAAGGGCGAGCUGCAGCGUAGCGACGCCAGCCUGGGCACCAGAGACUUCAUCAAGCCCAAGCUGGUGACGGUCAUCCGCAGCGGGGUCAAGCCCAGGAAGGCUGUGAGGAUCCUGCUGAAUAAGAAGACGGCCCACUCCUUCGAACAGGUGCUGACCGACAUCACGGACGCCAUCAAGCUGGACUCCGGGGCGGUCAAACGGCUCUACACACUGGAGGGAAAACAGAUCACCUGUCUCCAGGACUUCUUCGGCGAGGACGACGUGUUCAUCGCGUGCGGCCCAGAGAAGUACCGCUACGCCCAGGAUGACUUCCUGUUGGAUCACAGUGAAUGUCGGGUGCUCAAGUCCUCAUACUCUGCUCGCUCGCCCACUCCAACGAGGGCUGCUGGGAGCAAGAGCCCUGGACUCUCACGCCGUAUCAAGUCCCCUGGCAUGGUAAGAAGACCAAUCCAUUACUCCACCAGUAGCCAGUCUCCUGUUAAAUCCCCAGUCAAUGGUGUCCCCAGCAGUACGAUCUCCACCCCCAAGUCCACCAAAUCCAACAGCUCCUCCCCCACCAGCCCCCGCAGUAUACACAGCUUCAAGAUUCCGCCACAUCACACGUCUGCCACCAAUGUGAACGUGUCUUCACACGGUCUGGAGCUGGCCUAUAACAUGAGUCCUGAGGUUAACGGCAACAGCUGUAGCUCUAUCACAACCGUCCUGGAUAAGUACAAGGUCGGCAAGGUCAUAGGAGACGGAAACUUUGCAGUGGUGAAAGACUGUGUAGAACGGUCCACUGGGAAGGAGUAUGCACUGAAGAUCAUUGACAAGGCCAAGUGCAGUGGAAAGGGUGGCGACCUGUUUGAUGCCAUCACGUCCUCCACUAAGUACACAGAGAGAGAUGCCAGUGUCAUGGUGUUUAACCUGGCUGGAGCCCUGAAGUACCUCCACAGCAUGAACAUAGUACACAGAGACAUCAAGCCUGAGAACCUGCUGGUGUGUGAGUACCUUGACGGCACUAAGUCUCUGAAGCUGGGGGACUUUGGUCUGGCCACUGUGGUUGAGGGGCCCCUGCACACCGUGUGUGGAACCCCCACCUACGUGGCCCCUGAGAUCAUUGCUGAGGCUGGUUAUGGUCUGAAGGUGGAUAUCUGGGCAACUGGGGUCAUCACUUACAUCCUGCUGUGUGGCUUCCCUCCCUUCCGCAGUGAGGACAACCUUCAAGAGGACCUGUUUGACCAAAUCCUGGUGGGACGACUGGACUUCCCUGCUCCCUACUGGGACAACGUCACGGACUCAGCCAAGGAGCUGAUUGGGCGGAUGCUGCAGGUGAACGUGGAGGCUCGCUACACGGCACAGGACAUCCUCUCUCAUCCCUGGGUCACGGAUGACAACAUGGAGAACAACAUGAAGAUGGAGGUGUCAGGUAAACUGAGGACACACUUCAACACAGCACCAAAGCCCAGCACAACCACAGCAGGAGUGUCAGUCAUCAUGAACACAGCUCUAGAUAAGAAGAGGAUCCAGCUGACUCGUCGCAGCCAGAGGCCCACAGCACCACCUCCGCCACCGCCUGGGAAGAAAGUAGUCCCUUCUGCAGCCAUGCCAGUCAAGCAAGCCUCACCAGUCUCACCCAACUCCAAGCUGCCAGUACCCACCAAGCUGGCAUCACUCACCAAGCCUGCCCUGCCAGAGGAGGAACCCAAGAGUCCUCAGACUGAUGUGCCUGUCCCUGUAUCCCCUCCCAUCUCUCCUUCAACACCUACCAGACCUGUUACCUCUCCCUCUGUCCCUGUCUCUCCUUCCUCUCCCACCAAGCCUAACAUCUCUAUCUAUCCUACCUCCCCUACCAGGCCCAACAACUCUCCCUCUCCUUCCUCUCCUAUUAAACCUGUUAUCUCUCCCUCUCCUUCCUCACCUACCAAACCUGUUAUCUCUCCCUCUCCUUCCUCACCUACCAAACCUGUCAUCUCUCCCUCUCCUUCCUCACCUACCAAACCUGUUAUCUCUCCUUCCUCACCUACCAAACCUGUCAUCUCUCCCUCUCCUUCCUCACCUACCAAACCUGUCAUCUCUCCCUCUUCACCUACCAAACUUCAAAUGUCCCCUUCUCUUUCCUCUCCAACCAAGCUCCAUGCCUGUGCCUUCCCUCCUGCCUCGUCUAUGCCUGUUACUUGCCCCUCCAACUCAUCACCUUCCAAACGCAAAGCCUCCCCCUCUCCUCCUGCCCCUCUCUCUCCCUCCUCUCCUCCCUCUCUUUUUACCUGCCCCUCUCCCUCCGACCCUCUGUCUCCCUCUGCCUUUCCCAGCCCUCCCUCACCCCUGACCUGCUCCUCUCCCUCCUCUCCCACCCCUCUGUCACCCGUUACCUGCUCCUCCCCAACCGUGCCCCCACCCCUGGUGGACGUUGAAGCUGCUGCUACGGCCAGAGAGCUGUGAGAAAUAAUGAUGGAUGAGAAGACUGGCUGCUGGACCAUGGUCUAAUUUGUACCUUUCCAGCCCCCUUACCUCCACACGCCGUAUCCCCAGACCUAUGAUUCGCAUGUAGGGGGCUAGAUACAGAUAGAACCUCCACCCCCAGUAACAGUAUAACAGCUGAUAUCCACUGCUGUAUCUUUCCUAGGCUCCCAAGCAGCAAAUGGCAAAAAAA